AUGGAUCUCUUCCGCGUACGGUUGAAUUGCAUCGACCAUUAUCAAGCCGUGCACACAAAAUACGACCCUCAACUACGGAAUGACUUUCGUCCCUCGCAAGCAAGCAAGGGACCAAAAGUCCCCGUGAUUCGAGUGUUUGGGUCAACGGAAACAGGCCAAAAGGUGUGCGCCCACAUACAUGGCGCAUUUCCGUAUUUGUACGUCGAAUACAAUGGUAGCUUGGAGCCCGACAAAGUCGGCGCCUAUAUAUACCAGCUCCAUUUAUCCAUUGAUCAUGCCCUGACGGUGAGCUACCGGCGCAAUGCAUACGCCGAGAACCCCAAGUUUGUAGCGAGGAUCACCCUCUGCAAGGGUGUCCCGUUCUAUGGAUAUCAUGUCGGGUAUCGCUUCUAUCUCAAGAUCUACAUGCUCAAUCCAUUGGUCAUGACUAGGCUGGCAGAACUUCUUCAGCAAGGUGUCAUAAUGAAGUGCAAAUUUCAACCGUAUGAAGCGCAUUUGCAGUAUCUACUGCAAUUUAUGACCGACUACAAUCUUUAUGGAUGCGAUUAUAUCUCGGUGCGGAAAGUCCGCUUUCGAGCGCCAGUCCCUGAACAUGAUGAGGAUGGGGGGAGCUCCCAUCUGUGGCAUAGCCAGUCUGUGUCAGCUGCUCAUAUCACUGAGGACUUUGAUCUACCUCGUGUGAGCCACUGUCCCAUUGAGGUGGAUAUAUGCGUGCAGGAUAUACUCAAUCGCCAUGAGAUCAAAGAACGACAGCUUCAUCAAGACUUUGCUGAGAUGCGCAACCAACCCCCUGCAAGUCAAAAGCUCGUUGCUAGCAUGGCUGGACUCUGGAAAGAUGAGACAAAGCGCAGGAAACGGCGCAUGGUCAACCCAGCAUCCGGGAGCAGUCCCUUUCCUGCCGAGGUCUUGGUGUCCAUGUCUGCAGACCCGCGCGACUCCCAGGCCCCGGGCUGGAUACACGAGAAAGAAUACAGGGAGCAGAUUCAUGAGCUCAUCGAAGGAGAGUGCCGGAAAGCUGCCGGGCCUCAUCUGGACUUUGACAAUUUUGUGAAGCCAGUUCCUUUAGAGGAAACAGUAAAUACUCUGCUUCAAUCUGUGGAAGAUUUGUACCCUAAGAAUCUGGCGUCGGCACUCGGUUUAUCUGGAAUCGUGCCUAAGGAUGACGAGCCGCCAGAAAGUAGUGUCGUGGUGGACGAAGAAAGGAUUCUCGAUUUCGGGGGAGCUGACGAUGGAAUGUUCCCCGAUGAUUCCGACGAAGAAGCGGCUCGACUGUCGAAAGCAGUUGAUCCACCACAAGUAUCUGCUCAAAUAUCAUUGCCGGAAGCUCAUGCGCCCCAAAGAGAACGCCGUGUCAAUGAGCGUACAAAGGCAAAGACAACAAAUGAAUCGACUAUUGGAUCUACCUCGACUUCUUCACGGUCUUCAGCUAACGAGUCAACUGGAUACUUACCGCCAAUGCUAUCUGCAGAUGGAAUCUAUGUAAGCUCUCUCAAGACUGGCAAGAUUGCUAGCGUUCCCAUCACAAACAUUCUUGCGGCUGCCGCUAUGCAGAAUGGAUUGGUCAGCAAGGACAGUCAAGCUUUUUCUGAGCCCGAGGCACCAAGUUGCAGCGCAAAACGGCCUAGAACAUCCGAGGACGUGGAUCAGAAUGUCAAACGUCGCCGUGUUGAAUUCGCUUUUGACGCUUUCGAUGCCAGUCAACAUGGGCCCCGUAAAAGCCAACCAGGGUUGGGCGCCCCUCCUGACGAUCAGCAAUCUACACAACGCGCAGACGAAACCAGCUCUCAAAUAUCCAAAAUCAAAUCGCAUUCAGGUAUUUCCAAGGUCCCAGGCAACCAGACGUUGAAAUUUCCAGUCGUCAAGAACCCAAAUGAUCCAAGCACGCAGUUACGAUUGAGCCAACAGAGCCAACAUACUAGUUCACAGCCCAGCCAAGAAGAAAACCAACUUAAGAAGCAGGUUUCUUUUGGUCCCAUUACGCCAACAGAUGACAGCCCGACGAAGUCUGAUUUUGGAUCAUCGAAAAGAGGAGCUCUCAGCUCAAGUGGAAACACUAUCAAAGCAGAUAUUGACAGAAAUCCUAUUCGCCUCGGCCUGGCUCCAAGACCAAAUACUCAAUUCUUCGUUCUUGCUGCCACUCCUCCUUCAGUGAGCGAAGUAAACUCUACAAUUCACUCUGGAGGACGCCCGGACGUCAUUUACCAGGAUGCAUACUACAGCAACGAAAAAGACGUUCCACUGCGGAUGCGCGAAUAUGCCGGUCAAGAAUAUCGAUUGUUGAGCAACACACUUCCUUAUUUGCCAGAUUUUGAUGAGACGGGUUCUUCACCUGCAACUUUCGGAGUCAAAGCGGAGAACUCGGGACCAAGAGCUUCGGACGAACAAGUGUACAGCAAAAGCCGACGCGAAUGUAGCCUCAGAAGUUGGGAAUUUGCCGAGCCCCCACCAUCAUAUACAGAAAUCAAGAAAUGGGGGAUUGCAAAUCAGCAAAAUUUGGCUCGCUUUCCAGAAAUUGGCAUAGACAUUCAGGAUCCUGAGAUGAGGCCAUAUCUUUCGCAAAUUGAAGGAGCCACUCCCAAAAAGUUCAAAUACUCCCAGAAGAAGACGUCAACCAGCGUUCAGUUUGAGGCUCAGUACAUGAGUACAAUGAGUUUGGAAAUUCAUGUCAACACUCGAGGCAGCCUAGUGCCGAAUCCAGAAGAGGACGAAGUCCAAUGUAUCUUCUGGUGUUCAAAGUCGGACGAGAAUUUUGCCACUAGUGAUCAUGCAUCCUCGGAUAUUCAAUCUGGCAUCAUUGUCUGUUCCGCAGACGGGGUCUUGACUCGAAAACUCCGGCGACAGACACAAAUCGAGGUUACCGAGGAAAAUUCCGAGCUAGACCUUAUGGUACGAAUGGUUGAGAUUGUUCGAUCCCACGAUCCUGAUAUCUUGACUGGCUACGAGGUCCAUGGCAGUUCCUGGGGCUACUUGAUUGAACGAGCAAGGCACAAAUACGACUAUAACUUGUGUGAUGAGUUCUCGCGCAUGAAGUCGCAAUCUUUUGGGAGGUUCGGCAAGGAAGCCGAUAAAUGGGGCUUCAACACGACCUCAACCAUUCGGGUAACUGGACGCCAUAUGAUCAACGUGUGGAGGGCUAUGCGGGGAGAGCUGAACCUGCUGCAGUAUACAAUGGAGAAUGUGACUUGGCAUGUUUUGCAUAGGCGGGUUCCGCACUAUUCUUGGCGGACGCUGAGCGACUGGUACUUGAGCGGCAAAUCACGAGAUUUGAGCAAGUUGUUGCGGUACUAUCUCACGCGUACCAAGCUGGAUAUCGACAUUCUGGAAGCGAACGAGCUUAUACCUCGUACGAGCGAACAGGCUCGUCUGCUCGGAGUAGACUUCUUUUCUGUCUUCUCCCGCGGUUCUCAGUUCAAGGUCGAGUCCAUCAUGUUUCGUAUAGCGAAGCCAGAGAAUUUCAUGCUGGCCUCGCCGGACCGGAAACAGGUCGGAGGUCAGAAUGCACUCGAGUGUCUACCGCUUGUGAUGGAGCCACAAAGUGCGUUUUACAACAGUCCUUUGUUGGUACUGGACUUUCAGAGUCUCUAUCCCAGUGUAAUGAUUGCUUACAAUUAUUGCUACUCCACCUUCUUGGGACGCAUUGUCAACUGGCGUGGUGCCAACAAGAUGGGCUUUACCGAUUAUAAACGUCAAGAGAGACUCCUGGAACUCCUUAAGGACUAUAUCAACAUUGCCCCCAAUGGCAUCAUGUACUGCAAAACAGAAGUGCGCAAAUCGCUACUGGCGAAAAUGCUCACCGAGAUCCUGGAGACAAGAGUCAUGGUAAAAAGCGGCAUGAAGCAAGACAAGCAGGACAAGACGCUUCAGCAGCUGUUGAAUAACAGACAGCUAGCGCUAAAAUUGCUUGCCAAUGUCACGUACGGCUACACUUCUGCCUCAUUUUCGGGUCGUAUGCCUUGCUCGGAGAUUGCCGACAGUAUCGUACAGACUGGCCGGGAAACACUGGAGCGUGCAAUAGCACUAAUUCAUUCAGUCGACAAGUGGAAAGCAGAGGUGGUGUAUGGCGAUACCGACAGUCUCUUUGUCUAUCUUCCUGGUCGAACUAAAGAUCAAGCAUUCGAUAUUGGCAAUGAGAUUGCAAAGACUAUCACGGAUAUGAAUCCACGUCCUGUCAAGCUCAAGUUUGAAAAGGUCUAUCAUCCAUGUGUGUUGCUUGCCAAAAAGCGCUACGUUGGUUACAAGUAUGAAUCUCGCGACCAGGUCAAGCCCGACUUUGACGCGAAAGGUAUCGAGACAGUCCGGCGAGAUGGCACACCUGCCGAGCAAAUGAUUGAGGAAAAGGCACUCAAGAUUCUAUUUGAAACGGCCGACCUGAGCCAGGUCAAGAGUUACUUUCAAAAGCAAUGUGAAAAGAUCAUGCGAGGCGCAGUCUCAAUCCAGGAUUUUUGUUUUGCGAGAGAGGUCAAACUGGGCACAUACAGCGAUAAGGGACCGCCACCGCCAGGCGCACUGAUUAGCACCAAGAGAAUGCUCGAGGACGCGAGAGCAGAGCCGCAGUAUGGCGAACGAGUGCCGUACGUGGUGGCUACUGGUGCUCCUGGCGUAAGACUCAUUGAUCGGUGCGUGGCGCCUGAGGAUCUCCUGACCAACUCGCAUCUUCAACUAGAUGCCGAGUAUUACAUUUCGAAGAACCUGAUCCCACCACUCGAACGAAUCUUCAAUCUAGUUGGCGCUAAUGUGAGGAAUUGGUACGACGAGAUGCCCAAGGUUCAGCGAAUCCACCGUAUCGAGCAAGGUGGAGCGUUGAUGAAGAAGACGCUCGAAUCUUACAUGAAGGCCGCUGCCUGUCUAGUAUGCAAUAGCAAGACCAAGGACGAAAAGGCGAUUUGUGAAGCUUGUCUCACCAACGCUCCCGCUAGUCUACUGAAGCUACAGAGUCAGCUGGGAACUGAGGAGCAGAAAUAUCUCAAUGUUCUAAGCAUCUGUCGGACCUGUGCAGGACUUUCUCCGCUGGACGACGUCCCUUGCGACUCAAAAGACUGCCCGGUGUUUUACACACGAAUGAAGCAGGCGGCGAGGUAUAGGACGGAACGAGGCUUGGUGGAGCCAGCGAUGAAGCUAUUGAUAGAGGAGGUGGAGAGACAGGACCUCGAAUGGUAA